GUUCAACAGGGUUUUAAACGGGCAUGCAACGGGCUGCAGCCGGUGUGGAGCCUCGGUUCAAUGGAGCUUUAAACGGACGGGCAACAGCCUGCAGCUGGGGAGGGUGUGCGCAGAGCACGGUGCUUUACAUUGCUCAGCAGCAGUUGUAUGAGAUGCAGUUAAAUGCAUGUGUUUAUUACUUCCCAUGGGAGAUCAACAGCUCAGUCCCAGAGGGGGAGGCACUGAGGACAUUUGGAAGGUUAUGCUACUACGACCUGGCCCACUCCAAAGUCAUUCUCACUGCUGAACACAGCUCAGUGCAGUACCAGGUCUCUGUUGACACCUCAUUUGUGGAGCCAUUCCAAGCCCAGCUGGGAUCUUACUACAUGGUCCUGGGAGAGAUUGAGCACAGGAAAGGUGAGGGCCCCGUGGUAAAGGCAAGGAUAUUGACCUGUGUGCAAGGGAUGAAUGUCCCCCUGCUGGUACAAGCCGUACAGGAGCAGAGGAAGUACUUCAGUGAGAGGCAGGAGCGGAUGGAAGACAGCGCAUCCUGACAGCAGCUCCAGGACCAGCCAUCUGCUGGUCCUUGCACUGCCAUUGGCCACAAAUAGGUUAAAAGUAAAUUUAAAAGGUGGGUUUGCAAGAGACUGCUUUGUGCCAUGGCAAAUAGCAAUGCUGCUAAGCAGGGAAGCACUGGAGUUCACGUGUGACUGUGGGUUGUUUGUUCAUGCCAGGUAUCAUCAGUAAAAAUAGCUCUGGGAAGCAGGUUUAGUGCUUGUUUAAAAGGGUGGUUAACCAAAGUGAGGGCUGGUGUUAUACUGGUCCUUUAGUAAUGCAAGACCUGGAGAUAGCACAAAAAGGAGAAGUCUCCAAAUCACAAAAGCUAAGCAGCUUACACACCCACGUGCUGCCAAAGUGCAGCAGGUUGCCAUGCUGUUGGCACAUCAGAGGUAAAGGGCAUCAGCACAAAGUUCGCUAGCCCAGAGUGGCUGCGGGCCCAGGAGUGCAGGUGUUUGGUUACUGUGAGUCAGCUGCCACAUGGGAGCAUUCCUGGCAAGACACUCACUUCUGGAUGGACCAACAAAGGAAAAAGAAGAACAAAGAGUCGCUGUUUUCAGUGGCACCCAGCUCUCUGGGUUUUCUGAAGCUGGUUUCCAAGGGGAAGAUUGGCUUUUAACUCUCAAAUAAAUAUUUGCCAUGCCCUGAGAAAUGCUACUUGAUUUUCUUCCCUUGACUUGACUCAGUUUAGGAGACCUUAAAUCACUAUUUAUGGGUUUUUUUAAGAAUCUGAAGGUUUUGAUUGAAUACCUGGAGGGAUCCUACAGGAAGGCUGGAGAAAGACUUUUCAUAAGGGUGUCUUGCAAUAGGACAAGGGGGAAUGGUUUUAAGCUGAGGGAGAGUAGGUUUAGACUGGAUCUAAGGAAGUUCUGCAGUAUGAGGGUGGUGGGGCUCUGGAACAGGCUGCCCAGGGAGGUUGUGGAUGCCUACUCCCUGGGGGUGUUCAAGGCCAGGCUGGAUGAUGCCUUGAGCAGCCAAGUCUAGUUGAGAAGCGUUCCUGCCCACA